GCAGAAGCUGAACUUUAACAGAAUCCACCUUAAAUCUCUGCCUUAACAGCACAAGGCAAAACAAGUGAGAAUUAGCCGAGGAGAGGGGGGCUCCUUUAACAUUCUGGGGGGAAAAAAAAGCGAGAGAAAAAGAAAGAAAAGAAGACUCCAUUUAGCCGUGUGCUGCAAGGCCUCUCACUCUGUGCUGCAAGGGAAGGGGGAAUUACCUUAAGUAUAGGGUAGGUGGCCUCACAGGGGUGGGGAGGGGGCUUGAUUGCUCUCAAUCAGAAAGUUUGAUGAUGACCAUGACUACGAUGGCUGACGGCUUGGAAGCUCAGGACUCCUCCAAGUCUGCCUUUAUGGAGUUUGGUCAGCAGCAGUCCCACUCCCAGCAAAGCUCGCCGGUCAUGGCAGCCGGUCACUACCCUCUACACUGCCUGCACUCCGGCUCCCACCCGCACCAUCACCCGCACCACCAGCACGACACCAACUACUCCGGCAGCAACUCGUACAGCCGAUCCCUGGCCGCCUACCCUUACAUGAGCCACUCUCAGCACAGCCCCUACCUGCAGACCUACAACAGCAACAGCAGCAGCAGCACCACCACUCAGAACCGAGCCGAGGAACCAGCAGACCAGCAAAAAACAACGGUGAUAGAAAAUGGGGAAAUCCGGUUUAAUGGGAAAGGAAAGAAAAUUCGCAAGCCCAGGACGAUAUACUCCAGUCUCCAGUUGCAGGCUUUAAACCAUCGCUUCCAGCAAACCCAAUACCUGGCACUACCAGAGAGGGCAGAGCUGGCCGCUUCUUUGGGUCUCACUCAGACACAGGUAAAGAUCUGGUUUCAGAACAAACGGUCCAAGUACAAGAAGCUGCUGAAACAAGGCAGUAAUCCCCUGGAAAGCGACCCAUUGCCCGGCACAGCCGCCCUGUCCCCUCGCUCUCCAGCCAUUCCUCCCGUGUGGGACGUUUCGGCCACUGCUAAAGGGGUUAGUAUGGCUCCCAACAGUUACAUGCCUGGCUACUCCCACUGGUACUCGUCCCCGCACCAAGACACAAUGCAGAGAUCACAAAUGAUGUGAAGCUUCUAGGUCAAGUUUGGCAAAAGACUUGUGGAACAAGUGGCACUCAUGCCAGUCACGUGCCAGGAUCUGGGGAACAUACAGUGAACCCACGAGUGGGCUAAACCUCAGUGAUACACCUCAUUGGCCCUUGGAUAAUCUCUGCCGGACUCCCAAGAUAAGAACAAACAAGUUUGGAUUAAAGGGCAAGUUAUCUGCAUGUGACAAAAUAAAAAAAACAAACAAAAGCCAUGUACAGCAAUGUGCAGGGAGAAGUGGGCACCCAACAACAGACUUGGAACCCCAUAAAAUAACUGAUCUUCGGACCCUGCUUAGGAACCACUGUUUUCUAUAGAGACUGUGAAUGAAUCAGCUCUGGUGGCCGGUGCCAUUCGCUUGGCAAGCUAUAGAGACGUUUAUAAUAAUGACACAUAUGUAUAUAUUGUUGAAUUGCAGUUGUAUAUAUCCUUUGUAUGUUAUUGUCUUUCAUAAAUGGAAACAAAAAAACAAGCAUUCCUCAA